AUGCCGUCCUCAAAGCGCACGGACAGUCCCGCGCCCAAGGUCCCCAGCCGGCCCAAGGAGGCUUCGGCGCCGGCCUUGGGCAAAGCCGUGCGGAAGCUGACGCGCCCAACCGGGGAGUUCUACGGGAACAUUGGCACCGGGUUUUGGACCUUCUUCAUCCCAGUGGCCAUCUACUACUUCUACGGCAUCAUGGUGAUGCACUCGGGCCGCCUGGUGGUCCCAGGGCCCAGCUUUUGGUACGACCUGGUCUACACCCUGCCGGAUGGCCUUUCGAUCCGUCCCUGCUGGGGUCCGACAGUGGUGUCUCUGACCUGGGUGUGCUGCCAGGCACUCGCCGAGAUCGUCCUGCCCGGCAAAGUGAAGGAGGGUGUGAUGCUGAAGAGCGGCCGCAAGUUGCUCUACCCCAUGAAUGGCCUGCUUACCUUUUUCCUCAGCCACGUGGCGCUCUUUCUGCUCUGCAAGUAUGAGGUACUGACGCCCUACUACGUCUUCUUGAACAUGGGCGCGCUACUCACGGAGGCCGUCAUUACCAGCUAUGUCAUGGCCCUUUGGCUGUACGUCGACUUCGGCAUUUUCUGGGAGCGCCAUGUGGACGAUCCAGAAUUUGAAGAGGAUCAUGGCGUCUUCGACUGUCAGGACUUCUUUAACGACUUCUUCAUGGGCGUUGUGCGAAACCCUCGCCUGUUUCAUGGCAUUUUGAAGGUGCCCUUUGAUCUGAAGAGGUUUUGGAACGCGCGCCCCGGACUGACCGGCUGGGUGAUCUUGAACAUCUCCUACUUGGCAAGCAUGUACUACGGGUGCGCGCUCCCAACGGACAACGUCUACGGAGUCAACGAUUCGCUUUUCUUUGGUGUCCACGAGGCAAAGUCAGCGAUGCUGCAGCGAGCCUUUGCCGACAAGGAUCCGGCCAGCUUUUGCCAGGAAGAAGGCUCCAUCUCCAACAUUGGCCUGGCCGCGGUGUUCAUCACUCUUGCGCACUGGUAUUACAUUUUCGACUACAACUUGGUUGAGCCUGCCUACCUCACCACCACGGACAUCCGUCACGAUCUUUUCGGCUUCAUGCUCACCUACGGGGACUGGGGCUUUCUCAGCCGCUUCUAUCCCAUCUCUUUCAUGGGCUUCCUUGCGGUGCAGAAGAGCGCAAAUGGAUACAUCGUCAACAACCAUGUCUUUGCCAUCAUUGGUGUUUGCAUGUACCUCUUCGGCAUGUUCAUGUUCCGCGUCACCAACAUUGAGAAGCAUUUGUUCCGUGAUCACAUGAACAACGGCGGCACUGUGGACAAGUACCGCUCCCCAUGGAGUACCCGAAUUGUGUUUGGCGACAAGAAGCCGGAAUACAUCUUGACCAAGGAGGGUUCAAUGCUUCUUACAUCAGGCUAUUGGGGGCUUGCUCGGCACUUCAACUACAUCGGCGACUUGACCAUGUGCAUCGGGUGGGCCAUUGCCUGCUAUGACCCAUCCUCACCAUUCCCGUUCUUGCCCAUCGGAUACUGCAUCUACUUCUGGCUCAUGGACUGCCAUCGCUGCUGGCGGGACGAAGUGCGCUGCUCCAAGAAGUAUGGACGAGACUGGGAGCGGUACAAGAAAGCCGUGCCCUACUACAUUUUCCCCGGCAUUUGGUGA